UCUCUCUCUCUCUCUCUCUCUAUCUCUCUCUCUCUCUAAAAUUCAACCACUGUUUAUACUCUCAUCUCUAUCUUCCUCUCAUCACUUACAAAAGAAAGAGCAAAAAAAAAAUAGAUGCAAAAAAAAUAUAUAUAUAUAUAGUUUGAAAAAAUGGGGAAUAAAAUUGGGAGGCUAAGCCGGUGCUUUGCCGCCGGCGACAUCUCACGGCGGAGGAACGACGUUGCCGCCGCGGAGUACCUACCGGACGAAGGCUUCGGACACUCCUUCUGCUACAUCCCACCGGAAAACACCUCCCCUUACAAGCCCCCAUCCGCCCCCCCCAAAACGACGGCGUACCGUACAAUUUCCGGCGCCGCCAUCUCCGCCAACGCCUCCACCCCUCUCUCCACCGCCGACCCCUUCUCCGGCGCCGCCGACAAGGCGGCGUCCUUCGAGAGUACCAAUUUCUUCUCCUCCAUCCCCCUCCAGCCCAUCCCCCGGAAUUCAAUCGACGCCGCCGUCAAAUCAGGCCCGAUCCUCCAAAACCCUGCCGCCGCCGCCGCCGCCGGAUCCGGCCCGAUCGAGCGCGGGUUCUUGUCCGGCCCGAUCGAGCGUAGCUUUCAAUCUGGACCGUUGGAUCUCUACAGACCCCAAUCAAAGAAACGGGCUUUCGUCAAAAACGUGAAACGGGCAAUCCACAAGUCGUUUUGGACUUUCUCGAAGCACCUAAACGCCAUCGAAGAGCGCCGCCGGAGCUCCACUCCGGCGACCGGAACCACCAGCAGCGGCGCCAGCAGUGACGUCAGCCUCGUCGACGAAAACGACGACGUUUCGAACGAGGAAUCGUUCGGUAGCCCCAGCGUGCAGUGGGCCCAAGGAAAAGCCGGCGAGGAUCGCGUCCAUGUCGCCGUCUCCGACGACGACGCCGGCGCCGGCGCCGGUUGGGUGUUCGUCGGAAUCUACGACGGAUUCAACGGUCCAGAUGCAACCGAUUAUCUCCUCACCAAUCUCUACCCCAACGUCCGCCGCGAGCUUAAGGGGCUGCUCUGGUCGGAAUCCGACAUUGUCCGAAUGCCGCCGCCGCCGCCGGAUUCCUCGAAAAGCUUGGAUUCCGCGGAAAGGAUCGAUCUUGAUCGGAGAUUACGAGAGAAGCUCGACAAUUUAGGCCCCGACGGUGUGGCCGGAAAUAAUUCGAGGAUCAACCAUGUCCGAGUGUUGAAAGCUCUGUCCGAAGCUUUAAAAAAAACCGAAGCCCUGUUCUUGGAGACAUCGAAUUCGAUGUUGUUAGAGAAUCCCGAGCUCGCCCUAAUGGGGUCGUGCGUCCUCGUGAUGGUAAUGAAAGGCGAUGAUCUUUAUCUAAUGAACGUCGGCGACAGCAGGGGAGUUUUAGCGCACCACGGCGAGGAUUGUCCGCCGGAAGAAAAAAUUCAAGACGGUUACGAGUACGACGAAAACAUGGAUGGAUUGUGUUCUUGGCAACUUACAAUGGAACAUAGUACUUGUGUUAAGGAGGAAGUGAGAAGGAUCCGAAACGCGCAUCAAGACGACGCCUUUGCCGUCAUCAAUGGCCGCGUGAAAGGCUCCCUUAAGGUCACUCGCGCAUUCGGCGCCGGCUUUCUCAAGCACCCUAAAUGGAACAAUGCACUUCUAGAGAUGUUCCGAAUCGACUACGUCGGGACAUCACCAUACAUUGUGUGUUCACCGUCUCUUUGCCAUCAUCGGUUGCGACGUAAGGACAAGUUCUUGAUCUUAUCCUCGGACGGGCUCUACCAAUACUUCACGAACGAGGAGGCCGUGUCCGAAGUCGAGAUGUUCGUGUCGACAUUCCCUGAGGGCGACCCGGCACAACAUCUCGUCGAGGAAGUGCUAUUCCGAGCCGCUCGGAGAGCGGGACUUGAUUUUCACGAGCUUCUAGCGAUUCCACAAGGGGAUCGGCGUAGGUACCACGACGAUGUCUCGAUUGUCAUUAUUUCUUUCGAAGGAAGGAUAUGGCGAUCUUCGGCAUAAGCCCGGCCACGGCGGCGGGGUUCGAUUCUUACCGGAAGUUGGAAAUGAUUUUUGAUAUGUAGUACAAUCUUUGUGUGUAUAGAUAGUGUAAGAAACUAGCUAGACAUCAAAUGGAUUUUUGGUUGUACAUGCAAGUUUUUGUCACUCUUAUUUGUGUUCAAAUUUUUGUCAUAUAUACAUAGCCAUUCUGGAUAAA